CUUGAAUUUGAAUUAAAAAAAAUGUACUAAGCAACUAUCUUUUUAUUCCGUUCCAGGUGUGUGGGCCAUCUCUUCACUGGCCAGCUUCCCGCCCAUCGUAGGUUGGUCUACAUACCAGUUCAUCCAGGGAAAGGCUAUCUGUACCAUCAAAUGGUCUACCGACGUCUCCUAUACCUUGUUUAUCCUCCCUAUAUUCAUCCUCCUGCCCUUCUUCGUCAUGAUUAUCUGUUACUACAAGAUCUUCAAAGUUGUCAAGAAGAAUUCGAAAAGAAUCAUGUCUCACCACAGGAAAACCGAGCUGAACGCCACCACUCCUGGUAGCACGCCUUCGUCUAGUAAGAAAUCGUGGCAACCUGUUAGAAAAGACUCGGACCAGUCCACGGGAACCCCUCGUGUGCCCCCUACCAUCACAAUAGACUCUGCGGACUCCAGUGACGUCAUCAAAGAUGGCGGCGCCCAAGAGUCGAACAAACCACUGCUUCUAAAUCACGCACCUGCAAAACCUACCGAAUCGUCACGAAGAAAUUUAAAGGAAAGAUCUAAAGAUCUUAACCCAAAAGAGAGUAACGACAAAAAUGCACCAUGCACCACGCAACAAAACGAUCCUCCUAAAAGCGGUUGUGAGAAGAAAUCUUGUGAACCGGAACACACAUCUAAGAAGACUGUAGAAGAUAACAACGUUUCUACGGUUAGCUUUGCAUGCAAAACUCAUAACACAAUUACGGGACUUGCCUUAGAGAGAAUAAGCGAAGAAAACAGAGGCGACUUGCAGGGACGAGUACGGUGUUACUCCGACGUAAGUGCUACAACGAAGAAGAAAACUCUUCUUCGCCCAACUCUUAGUGUUAACAACAGCGGUUCUUUAGAUAAAGCUGACUACUCAACUGCAGUUGAGUUGAAGGAUAUCAUAGUCAGUAACGAUAUCAUAUUGCAUACCCAAAAACCCAACGAUAAAAUCAAAACUUCUGAACAAAAACCCGAAAAAGUGUCUGAAGCCCAGCACACCAAUAAUGGCCCCUUGCACCUAUAUUCAAGAAAAUCUAAACAGACUUUAGAAAGCCCGAUCAAUAUGAAGAAUACAGGAAAAAGUGACAUUGACAUCAUUGUCACUUCACCUAGUCCAAAUUCUAACAGAAACGCUGACGUCUCUACGAAGAACAAUAGGAGUAAGAAGGGGAACAAUAUACACACCACUACAGCCACGAUCGAAGGGCCUGUACCUCGAAAAUCAGACCGCAAGCCAUCUCCUCCCAAGUCAAGACGCUUCUCAAGACCGACAAAGAACAACUUGAAGUUUGACUGCAGCCUAGAAAAGUCUUCUCGAAGACUCUCCGACCCUUUUACGAUAUUGACCUUGGAAAGCAAGAUUAUGACGGACAAAAGCACCUCGCAGUCUUCUCUCAAUGCUACAAUGGCACCUGUAAGCAUCCUUCGAAAAGCAUCAACGGGGAGUUGUUCUGGAGACAUAGGCUGUCAUCGGAUAGACACUCUGAGUCCAAGACCGAAGGAGAAGCUUUCGGCAAGGCUUUCGGACCCGGAGAAGUAUAACCGGAUCCGACUGUCUAUCGGGCAUGUGGAUGUAGAGAGAAAACGGAGUCAUAGUCUGAUCACGUCAACCAGCCCAAGUCUACUGCGUAGAUUCCAGUCACCAAGCUUCAUACGGAAGCGACAGGGUCCUGGAGUGGAUGAUGUCAAGGUUACUAAAAUUCUGCUCAUAGUGAUCUGCGUGUUCGUGGUCUGCUGGGCGCCCAUCAGUUUAGUCAACUUCGUGGAGACCUUCUUCCGUAUCCAGAUCCCUCCUAUCCUGGACAUCACAACCGUGUACAUGGUGUUCCUGAACUGUGCUCUCAACCCCGUCAUCUACGGACUCAUGAACAGAAACUUCCGGGACGGUUUUAAAGAUUUCUUCAGAAAAUGCCGAGGGAAGGGUGAGAAUGAUACGAGCAACGGAAAUAAAAAGUCACGCGGUUCCGAAGGCAGGAUUGUAUGAAAACAAUAAUGCACAAAUAAGCAGUUUGGUUUGUGCUCUACUUGCAUUACAUUAUAUAUCAUAAGAAAGUGUAGUUGCAAUUUUAUGCCUGAAAGUCUCCAAGCAGACCCUACGGUGCCUUAGAG